GAUUCGUUGCAAAAUAGAAAAAAAAAACCCACGAGACCAAUCGAAACGGGGCCUAAUCUGCUCCUGCUGAUUCCUACAGAUUUGUAUUUUUUUUUUAUUUCCCAAUAUUUCCGCGCUGUUGUAGUUGUCCAUAUCACAUUCACUCACUUUGAUCGGCGUCUCUGCACUGUUUCACUCCAUCUUUCGUUAUUCGUUUCUAUUUCUAAUGCAAGAGUCUUGUUCGGAUUUGCCCAUUCCCUUUUCCUACUUGCGUUUGUUCUGUCGAAUUCAGCAUAUAAACUCAAGUGUUUGAUUUAACUGGAUUUGUAAUUGGUGAUUUGUGACUGGGAUUGCAACAACAAGCACUCUGUGCAAUUCGGAGGCGCCCAUUGGGUUUUUGGCUGGAUUUGGCGAAGUGGGUAUCGGUUCUUACUGCUCAGAUUUCAGAGAAUCUAGCGAAGUUCUGUGUUUGAUUUGUUGAAUGAGAGAGCGAGGAGAGAGAUGAUAAGACCACAUGUGGGUUUGGAGGAACAAUGACUGGAGGGUCAUUGGGGAUCCGCUCCGGUAGUUAUGGCUCUCUGCAACAACAGCAGCUGCUCCUCCAGAACAGUGCGUUGCCAAUCCAAACUACGCCGCCGCCUCCGUCGCUGCCACGGAAGCCGAGCAAGAUGCCAAAGGAGAAGGAGAGGCUGUUUCACUGGAUCGUCAAAUUCGCCGGCAGGAAGAAAGUGGGCAUGCUUUUCCUGUGCUUGAUAUCCGCGGCAGUUUUUGGUUGGGUUAUGUAUGUGGGCAAUGGCAAAGCUUUGUUUUCAGGUGAAGAUGCACAGGAUGCGGUCAGCUUUGUUAGUUUCACCAAUAAUAGCUUGACUACAAGCAAUCCUGUGUCUUCUCCAACAAAUGUGGGACAAAGUAGUAAUAAUGUUUCAUUAGUUGACACAGAUGGAAGAGAUGCAAAUAAAAUCAUGUCUCUGCCACCGCCUCCCCUGAGAUUUUUUCUGGGCUACACACUCCCUCCAGGCCAUCCGUGUAAUAGUUUCACCUUACCUCCCCCUCCAGCAGACAGGAAAAGAACUGGACCUCGGUCUUGUCCUGUCUGUUAUCUUCCUGUUGAAGAAGCCAUUGCCUUAAUGCCAAAAGACCCCUCACCAUCACCAGUGCUUAAGGAUUUGACGUAUGUAUAUGAGGAAAAUUUAAGUAGAGAUGGGGAGUUUGGAGGAUCGGAUUUUGGUGGUUAUCCCACUUUGAGACAGAGGAAUGAUUCAUAUGACAUAAGGGAGUCUAUGAGCGUGCAUUGCGGGUUUGUUAGAGGAAGUAAACCUGGUAGACAGACUGGAUACGAUAUGGAUGAAUCUGACCUUCUUGAGAUGGAGCAGUGUCGUGGUGUGGUUGUUGCAUCAGCAAUAUUUGGAAAUUUUGAUGAGAUACAACAACCAAAAAACAUUAGUGAAUAUGCCAAGAAGAACGUAUGCUUCUAUAUGUUUAUUGAUGAAGAAACGGAGGCAUUUUUGAAGAAUGUCAGUGCUAUUGAUGAGAACAAGAGGAGUGGGUUGUGGAGAAUUGUCGUUGUCCGUAAUCUUCCUUAUGCGGAUCCAAGACGCACUGGCAAGAUCCCAAAGCUUCUUGUGCACAGGAUGUUCCCAAAUGCUCGCUAUUCUGUUUGGAUUGAUGGAAAACUUGAACUUGUGGUGGAUCCUUAUCAAAUACUUGAAAGGUUCUUGUGGAGGAAAAAUGCCACUUUUGCUAUUUCAAGACAUUACAGACGCUUUGAUGUCUUUACAGAAGCGGAAGCAAAUAAAGCAGCAGGGAAGUAUGACAAUGCUUCUAUAGAUUUUCAGGUUGAGUUCUACAAAAAGGAAGGCUUGACCCCAUAUUCUGAGGCCAAGCUUCCUAUUACAAGUGAUGUUCCUGAAGGAUGUGUGAUCAUAAGGGAGCACAUCCCCAUCUCAAACCUUUUUACAUGCCUUUGGUUCAACGAGGUGGAACGUUUUACCUCUAGGGACCAAAUAAGCUUUUCAACCGUUCGAGACAAGAUUGCGUCCAAGACGAAUUGGACCAUAAGUAUGUUCUUGGAUUGUGAAAGGAGAAAUUUUGUGGUCCAGAAAUACCACAGGGAUGUGUUGGAGCAUAUGGCUCCUCCUGUUCCUGUCCAAAUUUAUCCUCCCCCGCCUCCACCUGUUUUGGUCCCAGGGAGUGUAAUUAAACAAGCUCCUGAAGUUCCCAGUCAAGGGAUAGUAGGAACACCAGUUAAGAAAGUCCCGGUGAGGCGAAGAGAGAGGAGGAGUUCACGGCGGCAUCGAAAAGUCGCUGCCGGAAAUAGGGACCCCGAUUCGAGAUGAAUCUGUUUUGGUUUUGUUUUUGUUUCUGUUUUUUCCCUUUUCCUUCUCCUUGGAAGCUAUUAUCAUUCUUUCUCCUCCCUUUCGAGAAUUUUCGUCCGCAGGCGAAGAAGAGUGUUGUAUUUCCGUACUCGCAAGGAGGAAUUUCCAUUCGAUUUUUAGCAUUUUUGCCCCCGAAAUUGGAAAUUUGUCGAUUCGUUGUUCAAUUUUUUUGUGUAUAUAUAUUUAUUACUUCCAAUAAUUGGACAAGAUCAGGUGCUUUCAAAUCCCUCAAA